CGCCGCUCACGCUAGCACACGACCGCAGUCUGCCGCCAAACACCCAUCCCGCCGGGUCCGUUGCUGUCAUACGGCCGUUUUAUCGUUCAUCGUCGUCGUCGUCGCGCUCGUAUCCGGCGUCGCCGUUUUCUCCGCGAGACCAUGUGUCGUCCACUCACGUCCGAUCGGUCGCUGUCGCGCCCGUCGCCGUCAUCACCGUUGCCGCCGGAAUGAUGAAAAUAAAUUGUAAUAAUUAAACUAGUGCGAUGGCCGCAGUGUCCUUCUCUACCGUUUCGCGCCAUUUCUACGCCGUGCGUCACGAAAUUGAUUUUAAAAACUGAAAAUCGCUUUAAAAGUUUCCUCGGCGUUUUUACUACGUUCUAUCGUAUUUCUCUUGUACCUUUUACGGUUUUCGAUUUUGGUUUUUCGCGCUCCGCGAGUGUAACGACCACCGCCCGCUGCCCUUGCCUCGUCAUGGAGGCGGAUCUCCGGAUUCUCCUGGUCGUUUGGAUACUGUCCACCAUGGGAGCGUCACCUGAACUGGCGUCUGAAGUUACUGUACCACUUGUUCCUGUUGACGCUGUAGAAGGCAGAUCUGUUAAAUUUCCUUGCGACGUGUCCUCACCAAAUCCAGCAGAUAAAGUGUACAUGGUAUUCUGGUUUAAAGAUGACUCUGGUGUACCACUUUACAGCUUUGACGUAAGAGGCAUGCCGUUGGAUCAAGCACACCAUUAUUCAGCGCCGGAUGUGUUCGGCAACCGUGCCUCCUUCCGGACAGUUACAGAUCCGGCAUGUUUAUUGGUGGAUGAAGUACACCGGAACGAUGAGGGCGUAUACAGAUGUCGUGUGGAUUUCCGAAAUUCCGCCACCAAGAGUUUCCGGUACAACUUGUCCGUCAUCGUGCCGCCCGAACAUCCGGUGGUGUUCGAUAGGUUUGGAAGGCCAUUGAACAUGACGGUCGGUCCACUUGACGAGGGUGACGGCAUUGCGCUCAUUUGUCGCGUCAUGGGUGGAAAUCCUCCACCACUAGUCGUGUGGCUGAAAAACAAUCAAGUGGUGGAUGGCGAGUGUGAACACCGCUCGAUAAACCUGAUGGAGAACAGGCUGCACUGGCCGUCUGUUAGCCGUCAAGACUUCGGUUCCGUGUUUACAUGCAGGGCAUCAAACACGAAAUUAAUGGAUCCCCGGCAGGCAUCAGUCGUGUUGGACCUUAGAUUGCCACCGCUCACAGUUACAUUCUCUGUCAUGGACGAUGUUUUGGUAGCUGACCGGAGAUACGACAUCCAAUGUCAUUCUGCUGGAUCCAGACCACCAGCAUCGAUUACGUGGUAUAGAAACGAUAAGAAGCUUCCAAAAAUAAAGCAAGACGAUGUUAAAGAGAAUGUUACAUCUAGUGAGAUGACGUUUAUACCCACGACAGAUGACAACGGAAAAUCGAUAACCUGUAGAGCAGAAAAUCCUCAAGUACCUAAAAUGGCUCUUGAAGAAAAUUUUAUACUGAAAGUUGUCUUCGCUCCAAUCGUUUCGCUCCGACUCGGAAACUCGAUCGACCCGAACGGCAUCAAAGAAGGAGACGACGUGUACUUCGAUUGUCACGUGAAAGCCAACCCUCCAUCGACGAAACUCACUUGGUAUCACAAUGGUGCUACGUUGAACCUUAACUCUUCGUCGAGAACAAUGAAAAGCGACAACAACUUAGUUUUGCAGAGAGUGACCAGAAAUGUUGCAGGCAGAUACGCUUGUCGAGCGACCAAUUCCGAAGGGGAAUCGUUCAGCAACGAACUCAGUCUACGCAUAAAAUAUGCGCCGGGCUGCAGGACAGACCGGGUGAUGGUGAUCGGCGCGUCCCGGGGUGAGAGCAUGAACGUGCCGUGCGAGGUGGACGCUGAUCCGCCAGCCAAAGGGUUCCGGUGGAAGUUCAACAAUUCGGGAGAGACGAUCGACAUCGGGCCGGAACGGUACAUAUCCAACGGCACGUCCAGCGUGCUCAGGUACACACCAGUCGCCGACCUUGACUAUGGCACGCUGUCGUGUUGGGCUACGAACGGGGUCGGCCACCAGUCAGUACCGUGCCUAUUUCAAAUGGUUGCCGCCGGUAAACCGCAAUCGGUGCAUAACUGCACUAUCCAAAACAACACGGACGGCGCGGUGGAAAUACAAUGUGAACCUGGCUAUGAUGGUGGCCUGCAGCAGGUGUUCGUGCUGGAGGUGUUCGCCGAGAACCUGGACAGCCAAACGGAUGGCAAGGAAUUGUUCCGGAACAUGACGGACCGGAUGUCGCCACGAUUUUCGCUGGGCAAAGUUGCGCUGGGCGUGCUGUAUACGGCGCAGAUGUACGCUGUGAACGCCAAGGGAAAGUCCACUGCCGUUAUUUUGCCCAAAUUUUCGUUUCCCAGCUCCGAAAAUCAAAUGGGAUUUGGCGUUGAAGUGUUAAAAGUGUCACCAAUGGUAAUAACGAUAGUGAGCGUUUGCCUGUUGCUCAUCGUGCUGGCAAUCAUCGUUCUUGUUAAAUUGAAGACGGCGAACAGCAGAAAACGCAACUCACGGCAACCAGCCGGUGGAGACAAACAAGUGAUUGUCCACCAAAGGAGUAACGGACAAGUAGCCUCGUCCAUUCUAGAAACGGAUACCGAUCCUGACCUGAUUCAAGUGAAAUACGAUCCAUCGGACGCGCCAAAACUGCGCAACGGUGGCGUACAGUUCUUGGACGACGCGCACGAUCCGUCGGUGGCUGGAUGGAUAGCCGCUAAUGCAGCGGUCGCGCAGACGACGUCACAGUUGCCGUUGUCUUCGCCGUCGUCGUCAUCGACGGGCACGCUGCGGAGGGGCGCUGGGACGGCGAACAACGACCGUCAACCGCCGCCGCCGCCGGUCGACGCCGUACGCCGUUGGAACGACGUCACGCCAAAACCGUUUAGCUACACGCACCACCAUCAGCAUCAACAGUCGCCGCAGCCGUCGCACCACGUCCGCGUCCGACUGGACCCGAACGAACUCGACGGGGCGGACAUCAAGGAGAAGCUGAUGAUGUCCAGCGGUCACAUACCCGAGAGUUGCGUGUGAACCGACGUCGUGCCCGGCGCAUUGUACAUACUAUUAUAAUGUUAUAUUGUCGUAUAAUGUAUAAGUAAAAGUGAAAAAAAAACAGUAUACCGUAUAUUAUGAUAUUGCGAUACAACUGUAAAUCGCAUUUAAGUAGUAAGAACUGUGAAAAAAAUAUUAAUGAUUUUUAGACCAGCGUGGGCCCAUGUAAAUUUCACGACUCCCCGGACUUUUACCCUCUAUGUGUAUAAUAAUAUUAAUAUUAAUAAUAAUAUAUAAAAACUUUUCAAGUCGCGUACUUAACCGAUUUAUCGCUUCCAAUCCUACGAUAACGAUAAUAAUAAUGUUGUGUAGGUAUAUCUUUUUAAAAAUAAUCAUAUGAAAAAUAAAAAUAAAUAAAAUAACAAUAAUAGGUAUAAUAGCUGUAUUGAUCUAGUGUAAUAUAAUAUUAUGUAUAGGUAGUCGUUCGGAGUACCUUAGUCGAGUUUGUGUAUUAUCAUAAAAUACAAUAUAAUAUAAUAUAUAUGUAUAUUAAGAUUAAACAUGGGUCGUUGACGAUCAUUGACCCGCGCUAAUAAGUUGUAAUAAUAAAAAUAUAUAAGAGAAUUGAUAAUAGAUAGAUUCGUUUCCCGCAUGUAGUUCGAGCGUCCCGUACUCAUUUAAAUAAUAUUUUGUACUUAUGUCCUCCGUAGUCGUUUUUGCUGAUUAUAAUAAUAAUAUAAUAUAGCCAAACAUAUAUAAUUAAGUCGAAUUCUACAUAUAAU